GUGACAGACCCUGGAACCAUUCCAGCCUCAAUCACGUGGCGAACAUUCGGACGUCCACCUGCAUCUUUGAAAGACCGCAAAAAGUCGGGUGAGGCUCGUUGGUGCAGGAAGUCCGAGGCGUACAAGCCCGAUCGCUCCCACUACUGCAGCGCUACCGAGAGGUGCGUUCUGCGGAUGGACCAUUAUUGCCCCUGGCUGAACAACACCGUCGGAUAUGCGAACCACAAAUUCUUCCUUCA